UCGCUGGCCGUGAAAUCCGAACCAUCGACCGAACAGCUGGAGACCACGGAUGCCGUAUGGCGAACAUCCAUCCAGCAUGCAAGCCGGUGUCAGGAGAAUUUCAUCUUCUGAAUGUGCAAAUCAAGGAACAUGUUGCCAAGUCCUUCACAGCCCUGCUGACAUGCAAUAUCAAGGUUCCCUACAUGAAGGCUGUGAACCUGGAGGGACCCCCCCGUGCGGGUCGCCGGGAGGCAGUGAAGGACGGCAUGGAGCUAGGGAAGAAAUUCCUGGCCGAGGGUGAGGCGGGUGCCAGAUCUGUCUGCUUGAAGUUGAAGAAGACCAAGUGGACGCCACAGCAGCUGGUGAAUGUGGAUGAAAAGGACCUCUACACCAACCACCCUCUGCCAGGUUUCAGAGACAGCCAAGAACUUUUUGCCAAAGAGGCCGAGCUGUUUCCGCCGGGCGAAGGGUGGAUUCGACAUUCGCCCACCAUGUUAGUUCAUCAGCACAGCCAUGUCUACUUUGUCCAAAGCGGUGAAAAGGCGGGCAAAUACUGCCGGCAGGGAGCUGGUGGCACCGGACAGUGGGUGGACAUUGAGGCACCUCAUGCACCACAGGACUACGACAUCAAGGUUCGUGCUGCAAGCGCCUCGUGCGUCCGAAGGGGAACAAAGUUUGACAGAGCCGUCAUUCUGAACGAUGUCACCAAAAUCGCACGUCUUUCCUUGAAGUUGGCGUUGAGCUUCGUAGAUCGCCCGGCUUCCGGCUUCGCGCUGUUCCAGGGCUUGCGGACCCCAGAAGCUGCGCAGUGGUGUGCUGAGAACUUUCACAAAAAGCUCUUGCCGCGAUUGGCUGAGAAGAUCCACGUCUACAAGACGGAGGAGCUUCAAGAAAUCUUGGAGGCAACGCUUUCUGAGUUGGACACUGAAGUCAUGAAGAGCGCCUUUCCCUUCAGUGGCUGUUCCGCUCUGCUGGCGCUGCUGCUGGGAAAUCGCCUGGUAGUCGCUGGAGUGGGAGACUGUCGCGUCCUGCUGCUGGAAGGUGAGGGAAAGGCGUCUAGCGCAUCUCGACUGUUGGAUUGCGAAGGUCACUUAGAGGACGAAGAAGAGCAGCUGCGAUUCUGGCAGGCAGGUGGGAUGGUUGUGGAUGGUUUGUUGCAUCAUCAGCAAGCUGAGAAACUGGACGAUGCCAAGCGCAUCCUUUGCGCACCCAGCGUGUUUGAUGUGCUCCUGGCACCAGAUGAUGAGCUGGAUGUGAAGCAGGUGCGUGGGGCGUAUCGAAAGCUGGCGCUGAAGGUGCAUCCUGACAAGCAGAAAGACAAGGACUCGGUGGAGUUGAAAGCAUAUCAGUACGCUUUCGCACGUUUAGAAGAGUCCAAAGAACGACUCGAAGCGAUGAUUGAGGAGGAUUUAGAGGCCUGCAAGCAGAUGCGCCGUGUACUCCAUGCGGAGGUGCACACCCGUUCUGGUGCCGCAUCCCUGUUGGGUGUAGACUGGACACCAGCUUCAGAUUCCAUCUUGGAAGAGAUCGAAAAGGACGCACUGAAAGCGGCCAAGGAGUUGAAAAAGAAAUUUUCGAAGCUCCAGGCCUUUGUUCCUGAUUUUCGGCAAGCCGAAACGAUCUGUGACGAGGCGGUCAGGACCAUGGCACGGCCAUGCACGUUGGAGUCCUUGCCACGGACCGAAGCCCUGCUGAAGGAAGGGCUGCAAAUGAGCCGCGCCUUGGGUGUUCGCGACAUGCGAUCGCCACGCUCUGUGGUGGUGAUGGAGCCGAAAUCUGCAGCACACUUCGUGUCGACCAGCGCCACUGUGCGAUUCGCUCUGCUGUGUGGACCCACGUCCGCGCUGAAGGAUGAGGACUUGAUCCAGCGCGCCGCGGCACAUGCCCGAAGGCCAAAAGCCUCCGCACUGGCCUGGAACGGCUUGGCAGCUGAAGCAGCCUCCAGCGCGGCAGUUUGCAUCAGCAUCAGCCCCAGCGGCAAGGCCGAGGCGCCAGCCAAACGCCAGAAGACCGCGCAGGGAGCUGACACGGUGCGUGGGCGCCAUAUUUUACUGAGACAUCAGCAGGUGAGACAGGCCGAUGCGAUGCUCCGGCGAGACCCGGGGCGAACGGUGCAGGAGACGGAGGAGUUGGCCCUGAAGACCUUGGAGACGCUACUGAAGACGCCGAAUCAGUUCCCGAAGCUCUGCAGGGAGCUUUCGGACUGCCAGACGGGUGAACAUCCAGGGCAGCUCUGUGGCGAUCUGGGAUGGAUUGCUAAAGGGCAGAUGGACGCCCCUCUGGACGAAGCCAUCUUCUCUUUGGCCGCUUCCAAGGAGACCUAUGGCAUCGCCGAUCAUCCCAACAGAUCCCCAAAGGUCAAUGAGUUCAGCGAUGUGAUCUCCGGCUCGCGUGGGCUGCACAUCUUUCAGCGCUUGGCAUGAGG